GCCAAAGCAUGACGAGUCUCUUUCGGCGCAAGCCUUACGAGACGGUGCCCAAGCAUCUGCACGAGGCCACGCCGCGUCGCGGCUUCGAAAAGUGGAUCGACAAGGUCUUCCACAGCGACAAGGCGCCGGCAAAUACCAAGCAGUGUACGUGCCGGCGACGGCUCGCGCCCCUUCGAGCCAAGACCCGCGUCUACGCGACGCCAGUGACCGUCGCCCUCCCGAUCAAGUACAUGCACGCACCAAAGAAGACAUACCUUGUGAGCGGUCGCUUGGUGCCCUUCACGCCGCUGCAAGUGGCCAACUGGAAGGACCUGCGGCGCACGUUUGGGACCUUUGCGGCGAUCAAGGAGGAGCGUAGCACGUGCGACUACUGCCAGUGCAAAAACAACGCCACGCGCGACUCUCUCGAGGACGUCGACGAUGAGUACUAGAGGCUUCGACGUGAACAUAAGAUCUUAUUGAAGAACU